UCGUAGCUAGAGAGACUCCCGCGAGGUUCGGGACGCUGAAUGAGACUAGAACCGAACCGAACCGAAGCAAACCCAACCGGCCCGGGAGGGCAGGACCAAGGGGAGAGACGUGCGCCUUAGUGUCUUUCCGUCCGGACCCGGAUGGGGGCCCAACUAGGGACAGAGACGGGGAGGUGGAGACACUGGGACGACAACUGGAAGGGGUCAGCCCCAGAGCAGCUCACCGUCGUCGGGCGAGGCCUGCUAAGGACACAGCUGCGGACCCCAGGCGGGUGGGAGGACAGGGGACCCCCGGGCUCACACAGUACGAGAGUCAAGAGAGGGCGUUUUCCUGCCGAACCCCUGCGAGCAGGAAACCGAGCCGCGGGAGAACCAGCCGCUAGGGCUGGUCCGGCAGCCGAGGAGGUUAAGCGGCUCAGAGCUGGACAGGCCAGGACCCGGGCUGUAUGCGAGCCCCGGAGUUGCUGGGCCGCUCCGAGACCUCAAGAGACCCGUCGGGAGAAACUGGGGAAGCCCUCUGGGCUGCGACGCGGUGUCCGCGUGUCGCCGGCCCCCGGCUCUAGCGCUGGCUCCCUGACGGCCUCCCCAAAGGAGCUGCGCCGAGGCUUGGGGGAGGAACGUUUGGUUGCCGAGUUUGUCAAAUUGGCUGAGGACUCCAGUAGUUCCCUUCAACCAGAUCUUCGCUUCCUAAAUAAUUUUCUCAAGCCAGAGAAGCUAACAAAGAGAGAGAAGAGGUUUAAAGAAAAGGCAAUAGUAGAAAUGAUGAAGCUGGACAAGCAAAUCAAAGAAACUCAAAUCCGGCUAGAACCUAUAAUGGGGGAUACUAGGCAGCUGCUUGCAGAAAAGGCACAUGUCAAGAAGGAAAACCAGUUCUUUCUGGAAUACCUGACCAAGCAAACAGAGGAGUGUAAACAGCGAAUUGAAAAGCUGUGGAACGACUAUUUACACCAAAGUGGGGAGAUUGAACAAAAGAGACAAGAAUUAGCCUCUAAAUAUGCAAAGAAAAAAUCAGAGCUUAAAACAGAGCUCCUGCAGAAGGAAAAGAUCCUGUCCAACUUGAAUCAGCAGUUGGAGGCAAUGAGGGACAUUUCCAUAGUAAAGGAGAACCAGGAGAGAGAAAUUCGGACACUGCAGCAGGAGAUAAAGAAAACCCAGGCUGAGACAGCUGCAAAGAAACAGGCUGUACUGGUCCAGUUCUUCCAGGAAAAAGCAUUACUGGAGGCACAACUGAGCGAGCUAGACGCAAGGCAGUUGGGAAAGAGACCAACAAAGGAGCUGAACAGCAAGAACCAGGCCUUAGAGAAGGCAGCAAAGCAGUAUGCUUCCGAGUUCCAUGGUAGCAUCAACAAACAGCACCAGCGGUUACGGAAGGAACUACCACAGCUAAUUCAGAAAUGCCAGAAGUUGGAGGCUACUCACAGCCAUUUAAAGCAGCAGCAGCUGCUGCUGCAGCAGGAGCAGUGGUACCUGGAAUCCUUAAUCCGGGGAAGGCAACGACUCCAAGAAAGGCGUAAUCCAUGCCCAAGACAGGGUGCUCCAAAGACCACACUGAACCCUGCCCUAGGCACCAAGUCAAGGAUGCAUCCAAAGUAAUUUCUGAAAUAACACUAAGUCAGGACUAGAACAAGGGUUUUUAGGUGCUGCAUAACAUAAACCUGGUUAGGAAGCCUUUGGGAUCUCAGGUUGCUGUGGUAAAAUAGCCACCAUGAUGUGUUAAUGUGAAGGAUUAGGUGCUUUUCCCAGCAGUGGUGCUAGAUUAUUUACUAAACUGGCUUCCCUUAGAGUUAGGUUUUUCUUUAAUUAGGUCUUGGUAAUAAACAGGUUCUUCCUCACAUCUCCAGAUAACCCCGUAUCAUUUGCCGAAAAUCCACACGUGGAAGAAACUAACUACCUUAAGAGAACCACCUUGAGGAAGUGAGAGGAAAACAGUUGUGUGAUGUGUUUCACCUAUAGCUAAAUUAGGUUUCUUUAUAGAAAAAGCCCCCCUGCCCCAAAGUAUAGCAUUUCAGAUGGUUACUUUCUGCUUUCUGCUCCAUAAACAACCAACCUCAGUGUAACCUCACUCCUUUGGCCACCUUCGCAGACAAAGGCAAGGUGUUUUUAAGCUCUUUGUAAAGUCUGUGCUCGUGAUCAGUUGGCUGCUUCUGUAGUUUCCUAUGAUUGAAAAAUACUCUAGUAACAGCAAGUGUAAUAAGCCCUAGAAUGACUUUCUCUCUGAUGCUCAACCCAUACAAUUUUAGCUUUGUGUGAACUGAGAAGAUAGGAUGUAUGCAUACCUGGUCAGUUUUCUGUGGAGAAAUAUCUCUAGCCUGAAUGAGGUGACUGAAUGCUUCUGCCUGUUUUAGGAAACUAUAUCAAAAGAAAGUUUUCAUAUAUUUGGAGAACUUUUAAAAGAGUCUUUUGCCAUCUCUUUCCCCAGCAACAUCCUAAAUUCUAAGAUGACAUGUAAGAUGAUAAAACAUUCGCUAGAGUACCUUCACUUUAGGUCUCUUAUUACAUUUUCUUACAACAUAGGCAGUUAUUAGUCCUUUUGUUAUUCACAUUACCCUAUAUUUAUGCCCCUUCAGUAGAACUAGGAAUAGUAUUUUAAACUAGUAUUGACCUUUAGGGCACUUAGGACAUACUGAUGGUUAGAUCAGAGGCUUCUUCAAAUACUAAAUUCUGGUACAGAAAUAUAGCCUCAUAUGUUUACAUUGCUCCUCUAUGAGAAAACAAUCAAUUUUAUGUUUUCCAGAAAUUGUCGGUGAUGAAAAACUUCAUCAUAAUUUUCCCAGAUUUGUUUUCUUCAUAUGUAAAAUGAAUUCUUGUACAUUUAGAUUCCAAAAAGGAUUCUGCCUCAAUGUGCCUUUAACUUUUAGCUUUAACAAUUUUUCUGUUU